GGUGCAGGGUUAUUUCGUUUUUUCGAGGUUGUGCGCGGAAACGAAGUGCGCCUAUAUACAUCGCACAAAUUUAUCAGAACACAUGAGUGUUUCGCAUAGCACAAUUGUCAGGAGGAAGCCGAAAAAAACAGAACUACCAUCACCGCGGCGCCAUCUUGAUGUAACCUGGUCAACUUGAACGCAGCGCUAAGGAAACGGACGGAUGGAACUCAGGAUGGCAUCUAUGGAUAAACCUUUUAUAUCCGAUUUCUACAAGGAAAAGGAUAUUUUUAUAACUGGGGCGACAGGAUUUAUGGGAAAGGUGCUGCUCGAAAAGCUACUCCGGUCAUGUGGCGGUCUGCGCCGAAUAUUUGUCCUGAUGCGUGCCAAAGGAGGAGCGUCACCCCAAGCACGUCUUGAUGAAUUGCUCGAUUCAGAAAUCUUCCAAGCCCUGCGCUGUUCCGACCAGCACUUUGCGCGUGGCAAGGUUAUCGCCGUGGAAGGGGACCUGACCCUGCCGGAGCUGGGUCUCAGCGCCGAACACCGAAGGGCGUUGCUGGACAACGUCGACAUCGUCUUCCACUCAGCUGCCAUCGUCAAAUUCGACGAACCGCUCAAGAGUUCCAUUGACAUGAAUGUCCUGGGCACAAGGAGACUGCUGCAACUGUGUCAAGGCAUGAGCAAGCUAAAGGCCCUGGUGCACGUGUCGACGGCGUACUGCAACUGCGACAAGGAGGAGGUGGCAGAGGUCAUAUACCCGCCGCCUUUCGACCCGCAGAACGUCAUCGACGCCGUCAGCUGGAUGGAUGACCCACUGGUGGAGGCGAUCACGCCCAAGUUGCUGGGCAGUCGGCCCAACAUGUAUACCUUCACCAAAGCCCUCGCCGAAAGCCUGGUGGCCGACGAGAGGGGAUCCCUGCCUGUGGCCAUCGUCAGGCCCUCCAUAGUCACAGCCGCAUGGCAGGAGCCCAUACCGGGGUGGAUUGACAACAUCAAUGGACCCACGGGCCUUCUUGUUGCAUCUGGUAAAGGACUCCUUCGGUCAAUGGUGGCGGACACGGACAAGGCAGCCGACUUCGUGCCCGUAGACGUGGUCAUCAACACCAUGAUCAUGGUCGCUUGGCACACCGCAAUGCACAGGCCGGACAAGGUCGCCGUGUACCACGUGGCGUCGGGAACUCUGCGCAAGCUGACGUGGGGCGACAUCGAGACAAUCGCGUACCCGCUGCUGCUGUGGCACCCGAUGCCGAAUGCGGUGCGGCACCCGGGCGGCAGCUUCAAGAAAAGCCGAUUUUUCAACGCGCUUUCUAUGUUCUUCGAGCACCGCUGUCCCGCAUUGCUCUUCGACGCCUACCUGUGGCUCUCCGGAAGGAAGCCCAAGAUGCUACCCCUGUUCAACAAGCUGUACAAGGUGAUGGUCUCGCUAGAGUACUUCACCACUCACGAGUGGCGCUUCCACAGCGGGAACCUGCUGUCGCUCCUGCAGGAAAUCUCGCCCGCCGAUCGAAAGACGUUCUGCGCGGAUCUUCGACUGCUGGAUUGGGGUAACUACUUCAAGGACUACGUGGUGGGCACCCGCAAGUUCGUGCUCAAGGAGGACCCUUCCACCGUGCCAGAUGGUCGGAACGCGCUGCGAAGGCUGUACAUCUACCAGCAGCUGCUGUACGCCGCGCUCAUCGCGCUCGCCUGGCGGCUCAUCAUGCUCAAGUCCAAGUCGGCGUGUCGCCUCUGGCACGGCCUCGUCUCCCUCUUCCUGCCCCUGCUGAGCCUCGUGUCGUCCGCCUUCGGGCUGCCGUACCCGGAGGACGCGCCGCCGCCCUCCGCGCCUUCUCCCACUGGCGGGAGGCCGUAGAAAGCGAGCCUCAGUCCCCCCAGCCGUGGAGUGUACAGUCGUCUGCACAACCGAUAUGAACGCGCCUCUCCCUAAGUUCGUGCUUUGGUUUGUGGAAGCCCAAAACCAAGGGAUGUCACUAAGACAGUCGCAGUGCUAUCGUUGUGGACAGAGGAAGACGGAGGGAACGCUUUAGUCACGGUUGAGGACAUGGAGGAAGAAAAGAGCUUAGAAGAAAGAGUCGCGUGACAGUUUCUAAGCCUAGACACAAAAAUUAAGGAAAAAACUCGUGAGGAACAAGCCCUCUCCGCGUCGUCGGCAAACGGCAGUUGCUCAGAACGCCGAAUUGACGUGGACAAUGGGGGAAAACCGAUCACGACGCCUGGGUCUUUAAAAGCUGCCAAAAACCAAAUACUGCCCUGAAACGUUUGCUAAAUUUUUGCACGGCCUAUUAUCAAAGUGUGAACUCGUCGAAGAGCCUCUAAGGGUAGAACAAUAGGGAGAAGCGGCGUCAGAGGGGGGCUUGCCGAAACUGGUCCCUGACGUCAUGCUCCCUGCUACUUUCUCUCUUUCUCGUUCCCAUUUCAUAACGGGGGCUUCGUGGCCGCUACUUCAUUACGUACUUCCCGCGUUGCACCAGUAUAUAUAGGGAAGUACAGCUUCCGUCGCCAUUGUCAGUAGGCUCCAGCUGUGUACAGAGCGUUCUAAUUCUUCCUCUUCUAAAAACAUUUCGCGAUUUUCUUCUAGUUUCAAAUUAUUUGUUCCUCUUUUUCUAGUCAUUAUUUCAUUGCGAGGGCCUUUAAGCACGGCUCAUGGCGCUGAAUCGGCAGCAUCCCCGCAAGCUUCAUUGUGAUAGUCACACACAUUUCUAGUCAUAACGCAUUUUUAUAUUUGGUACCAGGAACCGCUGUAUCGUGAGUGCUAGAAUGUUAAGAGGAUCCUUUUCUACCUGUGGCGUGAAAUGGCAUUAAGGUGACGCUCUGUGUGCUGUGCAACGGCCGAUAUCUGUGUGCUUUUACCUCUCGAAGCCCGGCUUAAACACUGAGACUUAGCGGCACGUUGUCAUUACUUCCCUAUUCGCACCCAAAUUACUUCAGGUGAAAUAAUUUGUAUAUGUUCGACUUCAGAGCAAAGCCAUCAGCACUUAUUUGUAACGGACUGUACAUGCUGCAUAAUUUUUUUUCGAAGCGUCCCUUGAGUGCUCGGGCAAUGUUUAUGUCGUGUACGGCUCUACUUUUCGUGGUCAGACACAACUUAUGUGUACGCAAACAGAGAGCCAUUGUUAGUUUUUCCGAGUGUCAUAUGUUCAAAUGUUCAAAAUACGAACGUCGACAGGGGUCGCAGAGUUGGUACCGGAUAGAGACAGGUGCCAUUAGCCAGGAGCCAGUUCAUCUUUGCUGCAGCCCUUCUUUCACAGUGACAACACGCCCCGUUCUGUCACCUUUCGCCUACCUGGAAAUUUAUGCAAAAAAAAAAAGCUAUCUACCGAUUGCUCUUAUUAGUGCAACAAAAUACAUAACGCGAUGCAUGGCCAGAAAGGCAGAACAAAAUUAGAAUACGUUUAUUUAAGUGGAACGGAUUUAUAAAAUAUAUUAAGACACUGAACAAAAGUCUGGCUUAUCUGCAAUGCUUUUAAAGGCGCAGAGUUACAAGGAUAUUUCAUAAAUUAGCUCUAAAUACAUGUUGCCUGCUGACAAAACAGAGUGCGAGCUGCGAGUGCAUCGAUCAAAAUCCAACCAAUGUAGCCUCGACAGCUCUAAAUGUUGGAUUUAAAGCUUUCUUUCUUUCUUUCUUUCUUCCUUUCUUUCUUUCUUUCUUUCUUUCUUUCUUUCUUUCUUAAAACACGACGCACGUACGCAGUGAAGCCCAAUCACAGUGAAGCCUAACCCUCCAGUGAAAUAAUGGUUAACGCAAAGUUCAGUUGCAAAUAAAGAAAUCGGCAUUCACAUGGCCAUUGACAAUACGAUGAGCGUACAGUAUACUCGAAGUACUGUUAACGACGUUCCACUUGAUUUGGGUGUAAAUGACAUGCCGCUCGCCACAGUGGGGAAGAAAGGACGGAGUACUGAGUAGUCUUUAUUUAUAUUUAUUGACCCUUAUCUGCGUUAUGGAAGACGCGUUGAAAACUACACGUACAGAACUGCAUCUCCGGUAAUGCAAUGGUUGUGAGCAUCCGUUGAACACUUGCUGCGUAACCAACUUGUGUUCGCUAUGAAUAACAGUGUUCGAACCAAGAAUGUCGCUGGAGCCACUUGUUCCUUCCUUGUUACUUGUUCGGUCACUGUUGUUGACUUCAAGCGCCCAUCUUCCUGUGAUUCUGUACUGUUCGUGUUGUUAGGGUUUGUUCCUAUUCUAUUUUUGUCCCCUCUGUACUUUUUCCUGAUUGUUACAUUAAAUGUGUGGGGCCAGAUUGUCGAACAAAUAAAAAAAGGUUGCGACAAUCCUAACAGUGCAAGAUGAGACACGCAUGUAUUGAGUACAAUGCACCUUACAAUAGUUAUCGGCAGUAUCAUGUUCCAACUUGUUCUUGCAGUGUCGAUGUCUGUGCAUCAAUAAAAUCCGUGCUUUCUUUGGACUUUGUAGUUGACAACUGGCGUUAUCCUUUGAAUGCGAUAUUCUCGCUUCAAUAUUAUGAAAGGCAGUGCACACAGUAAUAGCGCCAGCAAUGGCAACCUGGGGAGCUAUUUUAUUAUUUAUUUCUUUGCGCAUAGUUGUUUUCUUUGAGUAGGUUGGGAGAGUCACACAAAAGUAUCGCCGGUCUCAAACGAAAUGAAAAGAAAGAGAGCUGUCGGACACUUCCGCUUUCCGAGACACUUUAGAUGCAGACUGCUAUAACGGAAACCCGUGAACAAGACAACUUACGUCAUGGAAAAUUGGCAUGCAUUAGUCUAAAAGUCAAGCGCCAACAGACAGACACUGCUAAAGCACAGACAAAUGGCAUAGAAACAUCUUUUCAAACCUAACCUUCCAUCUUUUUGUCAUCAAAAGAAAUUGAUUUCCUGGAAAAACACAAACGGAAUUUUGUUCUUUUCUUCUAUUUCUGACUCUCUCUAUGUGGCGUGCCUGUGUGUUGUUUCGCGGUGUAGGUUGUAUUGUGAAAUUGUAUGUAAUAUUUUAUUAUAGAAUGUGGGCGUUUCUUUUUUUUUCAUUAAAAGCUUAACUUUACCGGCA